AUGGAUCGUUAUGAAUUUGAGACAAAUCGUGAUCCAUUGAAUCAUCAAACAACAUUAACACCUUCUUAUUGGAUAUCGACCGUAGAAUAUUUAAUGCCCUAUUUAUAUCCAACAUGUCUAUCAUCUGGCAUUAUAUUUUCAUUAUUAACAUUAAUUGCAUUAGUCCAACGUGUUUAUAUAACAUCAAAACCUUAUUUAUUUAUGCAAUCAAUUAUUGACUCUAUAUUUUUAAUUACUGGUGCAAUUUUAACUCCAAAUUAUUAUCAUUUUAUACCAACAUUUUUUAGUGGAAGAAUCUAUAUAAAUGCUUUACAUUAUGCAUGUUGGUUUAUUAUCAUAUGGAUAUUUCUUAUUGCAUGUUUAGAUCAUACAAUCACAUGUAUUCAAUCAAAUGGUUAUAAUGAAAAAUUAUUUUGUUCACCAUUUAAAACACGAAAUAUAAUUGUUUUAAUUUUACUUAUGGGUAUCAUAUCAGCUGUACCACAAAUAUUUGCAUGGGAACAAGUAAAAGAAAAUAUAUUUCAUUCAACACCGUUAAAAAUGUCUUUUUUGUAUGAACAAAUCUAUUUUUGGUAUAUACAAAUUAUUGUUCUAUUUGUACCAGUAUUCUCAAUUUUUGUAUUUAUUGGUGCUUUAUUGUAUACAUUAUGUAAAAAACGAGAACAUUAUUUAUUAAAUAAUCAACAUCACCAUCAACACAAUCAUAUAUCUCAUUAUACAAUAAAUUAUGGAUACAAUGAACAAGAUAAUAUACAACGAUUAAAUAAUCAAGAACGACAAAAUUUAAGUAAAUUAUUUUUAUUUAGUUGUUUUUUACAUCUUCUAUUAGUUAUGCCUUAUUCAUUUGUCAUUUUUUUUGGUAAAUUAUUUUCACGUGAACAACAAUCAAAACAUAGUACAAUAACUGGAUCAUUAGGACGAGAAAUAUUAAUUGCCUAUGAUUCAUCUUUAUUACUUGUUUAUAUUAAUAUUUUAAUGAGAUUUUUUGUCUAUGUUAUAUUUAGCGGAAAAUUUCGUCUAUGUUUACGAAAAAUGUUUACAUGUAGAUGUUGUUGCUGUUAUAGUGAAAAUGAGAAUUUAGAUGAUGUUUAA